AUGGUGAGAACCCCAUACAGCAACCAAAAUGGCCUCAGGAAAGGAACAUGGACACCAGAAGAAGACAUGAAGUUGGUUGCUUAUGUUACGAGGUAUGGCUGUUGGAAUUGGCGACUACUCCCCCAGUUUGCUGGACUGGCGAGGUGUGGAAAGAGUUGCAGGCUUCGGUGGAUGAACUAUCUAAGACCAGACAUCAAAAGAGGGAAUUACACUCCACAAGAAGACAACACUAUCAUCAGACUUCACCAAAAAAUGGGUAAUAGGUGGUCCAAGAUUGCUGCUUGUUUACCAGGAAGAACUGAUAACGAAAUAAAAAACCAUUGGCACACCAAUCUCAAGAAGAGGGUUCAAGAAAACUCAGUUGCGCAUGAAGAACAUAGAGCCCUCAAGUCAAGCGAUCAAAUUUCAUUUGAAUCAAGGCAAGAGUUCAUCGACUCAUCAGUCUCUAUCAGUACAACCACUGCUCCUUCUCCACAAUGUGAUUCCAUAGCAGAUGAGUCCCAGAACUCAAGUACCUUCCAAGAGUCUUCCACAGAUACUGCUGGUGGUUUCAGCAGUAAUGAAAGUUUGGUUGGGAAAGAUUGUUAUAACUUGUCUACGCCAGAUGCGCUCAUUGAGACUAUGGGUGGUGGUUUUUGGACGGAGCCGUACAUGUUUGACUUUUCCUACGUCCCUCAGGAAGCAUUGUUACCUUUGUCCCCUGAAUACGAAUACGAUGCACAUCUCUGGGAAAACAAUCAUGGCUUAUUUUGA